AUGGUUAGUGAAGAGAAUUUCGUAGUGUUGGUUCAUUACAGAGGAUCGAUUAAGAGAAAAACACGAUCUGGUAUGAAGUUCACUGAUAAGGAUCCUCUCAUGCUGCAAGAAAUUGUGAAGUAUGAUUGUUUCACGAUCGGGAGUGAUGAGGACUUGCAGGUCAUGUUUUAUUGUCGUCGGCAGUUUCUCGAGGUUAGGACACCUGAGUUGCUAGCGAAGUUGGUUGAUGUCGUAUCUAGCUCGGAGGGUUCGAACUGGAAUACCCACACUAUAGGUACGGUAGCCAGUUCUAACUCCAGACCUGUUGGUGUAUCUUCGUCCGUCCCUGUGAAUGAACCUCUGGUCGAGCCUGUCACCUCCCCGUCGUUCGCCGUUGAUCUCAACUGUAGUGAAGGCGGAGAGAGUGCUGCACCGGCUGGUUUGGGCGAUGCAUUGCUGGAUGAUGUUGAUGAUGAUGAUGUGGAGCCGAAUAUCAUUGCUGAUGACAGUGGCGAUGAUAUUAGAGCGAGUGAGCCAGCUGGGGUUAGAGGUGGUUCUAGCUCUGGCACACAACAGUACCCUCUGCACUUUUCAUCUUUAGACUUGGAUUCCAUGAGACAGGAGGAAGUUCCUGGGGAGCCUGCUGGAUUUGGUGCUAGAGAUGGCCAGGGUUCUGCAGGUCUCACAGAGUUUCAAGUUGGUCAGCAGUUUCAGGAUAAAGAUGAGGCUGUGUUAAGUGUGAAGACGUAUAGCAUCCGACGCGGGAUACAGUAUAAGGUGGUGGAGUCUGACUAUCGCCGGUAUGUUGGAAAGUGUUCUGAGUUUGGAAAUUGGUGCACAUGGUUGAUUAGACUUAGUCUCCAGCAGCGCAAUGGUUUUUGGGAAGUAAAACAGUACAACGGACCACAUACGUGUCUCGCGACAUCCAUCUCUAGCGACCACAGGAGUCUGGAUUAUCAUGUGAUCUCGGCAUUUAUCAUGCUAAUGGUUAGAGCUGAUGCAUCCGUCAGCAUCAAAGUGCUCCUGAAUGUGACGGCGGCACACUUUAGGUUCAGGCCAACGUAUAGGAGGGUUUGGUUAGCGAAGCAAAAGGCCGUUGCCCACAUCUAUGGCGAUUGGGAUGAGUCGUACAACGAGCUCCCGUGGUGGGUGUUACGUAAAAAAAAUAUUACGUACUAA